UUUAUACAGCCGUCUCUCAACUACUGAGUUUGAGUUUAUUGCCCACAUGCUCUAAUCUAAAUCUUUACACGUGGCUUGAAAUGCCCGAACGUGUCAUUAUGCUAUUGACGCGGCUUCUCUGCCUUGCACUCAGUAGACACAGUAAAGCACCAGCGGAAACAAGCAGUGGCGAGCCGUAGCAGUUCCAAGAUCACUUUUUAAACUCUUAAAAUAUGGAGUGUUAUGUAGUAAGUACAGCAGGGAAGACGGUCUUCACAAACCAAAUGAUAAGUGGCAGGAUCAAGAUGAAAAAUGUUCUUAGAAAUCAGGGUAAUAUGGCUGGUUGGAGUUCUGUAGUGGAUCACCAACGAUUGACAAAAUCUAAUCGAGUUUUAUUUUCGAAAAAUGCUAAGCACCAUGUAUCUUGGAGAUUAUGUUGCAAGCCAGUUAGUGUGGAGGAGGGUUCAUCAUCAACAGUAACAGAGACUUUUGCAAAGGAUGAGGAGUCUAUGUCUGAGGAUUCACCUGAGGAAGCCCCACGACCUUUAAGUAGUGAUGAGCUGAAGGCAUUGCUGGCCGAUUCUGAGAGAUCAAAGCUUAUCAAGAAACUGAGUGAAGCAAAUCAACAGAAUCGGUUCUUGAAGCGUCAGUUACAAACAACGGAGAACUCAUUGAUUAGUUUCAAAAGUGAACUUGCCACUAUGGAUCUUGAGAUUCAGGCUCUGGUUAAUUUGGCAGAAGAAAUUGCUAAUUACAAUAUUCCUGAUGGUUCAAGAAAGAUUAACGGGAAAUAUAUUCAGUCUCACCUUCUUUCGCGAUUACAAGUUGUUCAAGAAAAAAUGAAGGAACAGAUAAAGGACGUGGAGGCCGCACAACCCAAGGAGGUUCCUUUAUUCUGGUCUGGAGUAGCAGAGUCUCGUAAAUGUGUCAGAGUGUGCAAAUCAUGGGCUCCUUUGAUGGCUGGAGUGAAGGAGAGCACCUAUCUCCAGAGUAUACUGGUUCUUACACAAUGUUUACAGCAACAUUAAUGCUUAGACCUGGAAGGUAUGAAAUCAAGUUCCUAGUAGAUGGAGAAUGGCAACUAUCACCAGAAUUUCCGACUGUUGGGGAGGGGCUGACGCAGAACAAUAUAUUGAUAGUGGAAUAGCUUCAAUUUGCUACUACUCCAAUCAGAUGUUUCUCAGUAUGGAAUUAUGCAGAUAAGUAGUCCACAGAUCUUUCUUGCUUUACUGCUGGUGUGUCUGUAUAUAUAGAAUAAAAGAUUCAGAUAGGAUAUAUCAUAUAUUUGCAAAACCGGUUAGUUUUGUCUUAGAUAAUUAAUAGUAGAGAACUGUUUUUACCUAUUUCGGCAAAGUGUCCAGGACUUCAUCAAUUGAGUUUGAGUUCUUGAAAUUCAAUUUGAGAUAAUCUUAUUGUGUUGUUCAGAGAUUGUGAUAUUAUGAUCGCAAUAUGUUUGAUUCUGC